UGCAAAUGACUAACCUGUUGUAGGUUGCACACGUGCCUGAUUCUACUGCUUCGCGAAGUCUCCUGUCAGAUGGGCAGAACUGUUAACUACCCUGCGCGAUACAGCCUCAAACGCUGAUUGUGGCCUUAUUCUCAGCGUCUUUAACUUCAACCGAUGAACGCAAGAAACGGGCGGAUUUUUAACAUUGCGGCAAAGUCUUUCAGAACCAGCAAGAAGCUUUCCUUCUUUCUUAAGAAUGGAGAAUGCCAAUGGAAUACUAAGAAAGAUUUUUAAAGCAAAAAAGACCAUGCCCUCAUGUAAUCGUGAACAAUUUAAACAUUUAAGUACCAAAAAAAAAAGUGUUGGCAUGCAAAUGCCUGAAAGAGUAGAGCAUGGAUCCAUUCUGCCCAGAGGAAAGCUCCUUCAUGACGGCUCUGCACCUUCUCAAUGCUUUUCACCUUAUUUUUGUAAGUCCCAUAUGGAGGAGUUCGGUGACACAAUAAAUUCACCUGUAGCAAAGAGUGAUUUCCCACUGGACAAACCUCUGAAAUCGGAAACGGCAGACCCUCUGCCAGUAGACAGAGACAGAGAAGGCAACAUGGCCAAUGGACAGAAGGAGAAUUCCAGCCAAGGUGAAAAAAAUCCACUGCAGAAAGAUAUUUGGAAAUGCUCCAAGCUUAGCUCUUUGGGUGACGACAUGGAUGUAAACUGUAAUGUCACUCGUUCUACACAUGGCCAAGGCGCUAUUAAAUUGGACAAGGAUGAGGAGGAUGGCUUGAUGCCGAUUUUGUUUAAAAUGGCUUUAAAACACGACUUGGGAGACUAUGUCUUUGAUGGAUCACGGGAAGCAGUUUUUGAAAAUGUGUCAGAGUACCAAAGAGUGCAAGGAGCUCCACAUAAAAGGAAAUUCAAUGUUGAUGCAAGUUUGCAUAAACAUUUGAAGAAUUCUUCAAGUGAAUCUUGUGAAGUUGAUGCCUUAAGUCUCUCAUCCAGAAUCGGGAAAGAGUGGAUGGUUGAGAGCAUCCAGAAAUUGAUCAAACAUGAAAGUGUUGAAAUUGGUAAACAAUUUGAAAGCAAGUUUGAGGAACUUGGAGACAGAAUCAAAAAAAUUGAGUGCAACAUAAAGCAUGAAUUAGUCUUAUUCAAUAUCCAGAAAAAAAUUGACAAACUGAAAAGAAGGCUGCAGUCGGCUUUGAGUGUUCAAGAGCAGUCAGCAGUGAUGAAAAUGAAUGAUUCAUCAGCCAUAGCCGUUAACAAGGACUCUGGUGCUGCAACAUCAGGCCGUCAGAUGCCUUCCUCCAGCUGUAAUGCAGAGGUUUGCAGAUAUCAUAAAGGCUAUUCAGCUACAAAGAAUAAUGAAAAGCACUCUUCGUGUCUAUCAAGCAUUGAAUUUGCAGAUGAAGUGAUUUUUUGUGGAAUUGUGAAAACAGGAGCUUCAGACAAUGACCAAAGAAAAUCUGCAUGUCCUUCAAGAAAUAGAUCACAUCUUGCUAUGAUUGAUCUCACUGCUGAUCAACCUGAAGUUGAACAUUUAUCACCAUUAACACCUGCAGCCAUUGGAUCUGCGGGUGAAUCGACUUUUCAUCAUAAGGGUAAGAUCAAGUCUAUAUUCCCAAUUCCUCCUCUUCCGGAGAUUUCCAUUCCAUCAAAUCUCCCAUCCAUUGCUGCCAUGAGUAAUUUGCCUCCGAAGAUGCAAAUCAGGAUUGCUAAAAUUAAAAACCCUGACGCCAUUGGAGUUCUGUGGGACAUAAAAUACGUCAAUCAAAAUGCAGCCCCCAUGCAAAGCUACCACUUGUACAUCCUGUACGAAGACUGCAAUGGCAACAUUUCACCAUGGAAGAACAUCGCAUCAGUAAAGGCAUUGCCUCUUCCAGCUGCCUGCCAAUUCACAGGUUACAGAUCCGCCAAAAGGAUUUGUUUUUCUAUAAUUGGAAGAGAUGUUUAUGGCCGCUUUGGUCCUUAUAGUGAUGUUCAGUCAAUCAUAUUUAAAAGAAGUUACCAAUAGAUCUUUUCCUAAAAGCAAAUAUUAAUCCAUGUCAGAAAUGUAGUUUGCAAUAAACACUCUUGGA